CUUGCGUUUUAUUAUUAUUAGACUGUUCCCCGGUCCCCAUGGCUAGUGCCAUGGGGUUGAUCCUCCCGUCCUUUUCUUCCCAGCCCAUCUUCUCUGGACCUGACACACCACGGAGCCGUGUUGUGUUGGUUGGCUUGCCCUCUGCAUCGAGGCCGCAUCAACGUCGCUGCCAGUCAAGCCAAGGAGCAGCUCGAGCCCAGUUGACUCGAGCCAGCCCCCUUUCCUUCACCAGAAGCACAGCACAGGUGGAGAAGAAUGAUGCGCCAUCUCCUCGGAGCGGCGGCUGUCGCCUGCGCGGCGCUCUCGGCCGUCGUCGACGCCAGGCUGCUACGGUGGGAGGCGGACCCCAACGAAGGGCAUUGGCUCCCGGCCCGGGAGACGAUGGCUGUGCAGGCCCUGCUCGGCGGCGGCGACGUCUCGCCCAUGCCCACCGCCGCCCCGCUGCUGCCGCCGCGGGAGCUCCUCGACAAGCGCAGCGGGACCAACAACACGUGCGCCUUUGUCAGCGGUAGCGCCGAUAUUCCCCUAUACUGCGCCACAAGCUCGGGCUGCGUCUUCCACUCGCAGCGCAAGGCCUUUGGCUGCUGCCCGGACCGGCCGUCGAAGUCAAACCAAUUCUGCGAGGCCUGGACGACGUGCCUCCACUCGUCCGAGGGCACGCGCCUCGACGUGUCAAACACGGGAGGCGACACCAUGUGGUGCGGCAACUCGAUGUACCCGAGCUGCGUCAAGCACACGUUUGCCGAGAGCACCCUCCAGGGCUACUCGCUCUGGGGCUGCGGCAAGAUCGCUACUACGGACUUGGUGCUGAGGUCGGCCACCGACGGCACCUCGACGACGGGCACCGGCGGCGGCGGCACUAGGGCGACGGGGAGCUCGCGCUCCACCAACGUUAUCCAGGGGGUGGGGGGCACCGACGGGGACCAGGGCGCCACUUCCACGCCCGGUAGCGGCGGCGGUUCCGGCCAGACCCAGGAUAGCGGCCCGCCCCUCGGCGCCAUCAUCGGCGGCGCCGUCGGCGGCUUCGCGGCCCUCGCCAUCCUCGGCUUCGCCAUCUUCUUCCUCGUCCGCCGCAGCAGGCGCACCGGCGCCUCCCACCCCGUGCACGGGCAGCAGAACGGCGUCCCCGGCGCCAGCGGUGGCGGCCCGGCCUCUCCCGGCGGAGGCCCCGCCGCCCCCGUCAUGCCCGGAUCUCCCGGCCACCCCCAGCAGCAGCAGCAGCAGCAGGGCUACCCGUCGCCGCAGAUGGCGGAGCAGCAGCAGCAGCAGCAGCAGCAACAUGGCCAGUACGGCUUCGCGCCCGUCACCGACCCGCGCGCCAGCAUGGCCAAGCCGCCCUACAGCGUCACCAACAGCGUCUACGACCCGGCCGGCAUGAGCCCGCCGCACAGCCCGUCGCCGGGCUACAGCCCCAACGGCGUCAACCCCACGCCGUCGCCGCCCCCGCCCAGCCAGUCGCCCCCGAUCGGCCAGCCGCCCCAGCCCUUUGGCGCCGCCUGGGCCAUGCCGCCGCAGCAGCAGGGUCCCCCUGGCUACCAACAGAACCAGCAGCAGCAGUAUCCGCAGCAAACCCCGCCCCAGCAGUACAACGCCAUGCCACCGCCGCCGCCUGGCGCGUACCAGCAGCACCCCCAGCAGUUCCAGCAGUCGCAUCAGGACUACGCGGAGCUGCCGACGGGGAGGGGAGAUCGUGAGCUUCGGGAGUUGGCCUAGCCUGAGCGCUUGGGUUUUUUUUCUUUGCGAAUUGCUUGUUGGAAUGCUUUGUUAUGCUGGGAAAAUACAGUGUAUACACAGCUGCAUCGGCUCUGUCUUGUCUGCUGGUUGGUGUCAUCUGUCAUCUCCUCUUCUGUGCUCAUGUCAUGCAUUACAUGAACAAUGUGGGUUGUUCUUCUGGGGUACAGCUCUUUCCUAAUCUCAUAUCUGAGAUGACAUGUAUAUAGAUUCUUACCUUGCUGUUAUACAGCUAGCCGCUAAUCCAACUUUGCGUUAUCCA